UGCGCUGCCUAGGCUGACCGCGGUGUCCAAGGCAAAGGGAUUUCAGGGCUCCCUUCUGAGUCGAGGGCUCGUGUUUCCUUCUCGCUACUUCUGGGUUCUCGCCUCGGCCGUGGCCCUUCCCUUCUCGGUUAAAGGAGCACCUCACCUCUAUCGAGUCUCUCUGGAGUAGGCUGUGCUCCCGAAAGUUUCCGUUUUGACUGUCAGAGGCAUCUGGAAAAUAUAAAGUGUUGGCUGACAAGAGGCUGUGCAGUAAGAAGGAUAAUUUUGGGAUACUGAUGGCUGACUUCAGGUUUAGAGGUUCCCCAAUGUAAGCUUCAUGGAAACAGACAUCCAGAGAAUAAUGGCAGAUAUUCAAGGGAAUCCAAAACAGCAAUUGAUUUCUGAGCUUCACAAUUUCGCUGCUGUUGGAGACAAGGUCAGGCUUACAGCACUGCUCAGUCAUUUUCCAUCACUUAUCAAUGAAACUGCUAAGAAUGGCUGGACAGCCUUGAUGUAUGCUGCUAGAAAUGGGCACUUUGAGAUUGUGCAGGUUCUUCUUGAAAAGGGGUGUGACAGGUCUAUGAUCAAUACAUCGAACCAAACUGCACUGGACAUUGCUAAAUUCUGGGGCUAUAAGAACAUAGCUAACGUACUAGCUGAUGGAAAGGAUGGGUUGAAGCCAUUUUUCCUAACCGGUGAAGCAAGAGAACGUGAACACUAUUUUUGCAGAACAUUUCUGGAUAGAAAGAGUGAGAAGAGGGUAGAUUCUAACUGGCUCAACCAAAAACAGAAGCAGCCGACUUCGGUGUACAUUCUUUUUUCAAACUUAAGACCAUUCGCUGUAUCUGAUGGUGAUGAGGAUGGUUCCAAGUAUCCAAGGGUCAAACUUCAGAAGCUUUGCUAUGAGGAUGUAAAAGAAUACCUCAAGCACACUGAAACCAUUACUUUGAUCUUUCUUGGAGCUGAACUUAAAAUAGAACCUCAAGUGAAAGGCAACAUCUUUCCAACUCUGAAUGGGAAAUGUCCGAAUGAAGAUGAGGAUGAUGGGCUAGUUGCCUGGUUUGCUCUCAGUAUAGAUGCUGCUGCUUCUGAGGAAUUCAUACAAAGGCAUCAAGGCUGUUUCUUUGUUCAUCCACCACUGCCUACACUGCUGCAGUUCUCUGAAAAUGAAGCUGGAAUCAUAGCCCAGGCUAGAUCUGUUCUAGCAUGGGAUAGCCGGUAUCAGUUCUGCCCAACGUGUGGUAGUGCAACUAAAUUAGAAGAUGGAGGAUACAGGAAACUCUGUCUAAAAGAAGACUGCCCUAGCCAUGAAGGGGUUCACAACACAUGCUACCCAAGAGUUGAUCCUGUAGUGAUAAUGCAAGUGAUUCAUCCAGAUGGUAACCAUUGUCUUUUGGGAAGGAAAAAACGGUUUCAUCCAGGCAUGUAUACUUGCCUUGCUGGAUUUGUAGAGCCUGGGGAGACAAUUGAAAAUGCUGUUCGAAGAGAAGUAGAGGAGGAGAGUGGAAUUAAAGUGGGUCAUGUUCACUAUGUCUCUUGUCAGCCAUGGCCAAUGCCCUCCUCCCUAAUGAUUGGGUGCAUAGCGUCUGCAGUGUCUACAGAAAUUAAAGUUGACAACAUUGAAAUAGAAGAUGCCCGCUGGUUCAGUAGAAAACAGGUUAUGGAAUUUCUCAAUAAAAAGAACCAGAGUGCUUUUUUUGUGCCACCACAUCAAGCCAUUGCACACCAGCUGAUAAAGCACUGGGUUGGAAUGAAUGCUAGUCUUUAAAUCCAUGGAGUUCACUUGCCAGUUUUAUAUCACAGCUUUCAGUAGUUGCCAAUAUGUUGGAUUUAAACUAGGUGUGAUUAAUUAUCUAGUAUUUGUCUUUUGAAGGUGUAAUUUGCUAGGCCUCCAAAAUAUAUUUCCACACCUUAUGCUCUUAUGAAAAAGUCUAUUAUUGCCUGGAUUUUUUUUAAAAGCCUUUCAAAUGUGAUCUCCCCUUUUUCGUUUCAUUAACUUUGGUCAAUCUUUUAUUGUUGCAUAUUUACAAGUGUCUGAUUUAGUUUUAUGGGGUUGUUGCUUUGAGUCCAGAAGCUGCAGCCAAAAUGUUUCCUUGCCAGUGCCAUUUCUCAAAACCAGAACAGCUUUCUCUAGCUGAAAAGUGAUUAAGAAGAGCUAAGUCUUCUGUAUAUUAAAGCAGGGCCAUGAAAUUGGCACCUGGGUGUCUAUAUUUCAUGAUUUCUUUUUCAGAAAGCAAAGUUGGAUAAGAGAGAGCAGAUCUGCAGGGUAUCCUCAUUGGGACAGAUGUUAGAAUUAUUGUGCCUCAAUAUCUCUCAACUUUAUGUUGUCAUAAAAGUCACUCUGAAGUGGUUACUGACAGGACCACUGUUGGGGAUUGCUCUAUACACAGAACACCUUUCAUUCUUCCUUGUUAUUUCUAGUGGUAUGAGCUUGAGCUGUAUAUAGCAACGGCAAGCAAUAUAUGAAUAGGGAACAGCAAGCUUGACUACAGUCCCAUCCCAUGCUUGCACAGGUGUAUAAUAUUUAAGCUUGGCAGACAUUUGACCCAUCACAGUUUUGCUAUUCAUUGAAGAAUUAGCAUUCAUUGACCUGUUUCAAUGCAGUCUUCUUAGUAUGUUGCAUAUGCUGCUUCACAUCAUAUUAUUGCUAUUGUGAAUAACCCUCGAAGCAGGAUUCUAGCAAAAGUCUUAUUAAAGCUUACAUUAGUAGUAUGAACAGAGAUCACCUUAUGAUAUUGCCGUAUCACCUUCUAUGGGUCUUUUGCAUUUCAUUCCAUAGUAUUUAACUUGUAUUGCUAAAUCACAAACUGUUGUCAUUUUAAUAAAUGCUGCAAACCAGGAUUUUGGUUCUUUGCAAUGCAUUGAUACUA